AGAGAGAGAGAAACAGAGGAAUAAAUAGAGAUCCAGAGACCGUGGUUGACAGACAAGUGGAGACAGACAACGCAAGAGAGAACUGCUGCUCCCUAGCCAGCAAGUAGCCCCCAAUCUGGAUGGAGUGAAAGAUGCGGCCUGAUGAUAUAAACCCGAGGACUGGGCUGGUGGUGGCCCUGGUCAGUGUCUUUCUGGUCUUUGGCUUCAUGUUCACCGUCUCUGGGAUGAAAGGAGAGACUCUUGGAAACAUCCCCCUCCUGGCCAUCGGGCCAGCCAUCUGCCUACCAGGCAUCGCAGCCAUUGCCCUGGCCAGGAAAACUGAGGGAUGCACCAAGUGGCCUGAAAAUGAGCUGCUAUGGGUCCGCAAGUUGCCCUGCUUCCGGAAACCCAAGGAUAAGGAGGUGGUGGAACUGCUGCGGACCCCUUCAGACCUGGAAUCGGGCAAGGGAAGCUCAGAUGAGCUGGCUAAGAAGGCUGGCCUCAGGGGGAAACCCCCGUGCCAGGGGCAGACAGAGGUGCCUGUGGCCACUUCCAUCACCACCCCCACACCCACGGAAGGAGAACGCCAGAGCCUGGUCCAGAAUGGGCAUCAGGAGGAGACAUCCAGAUACCUGGAUGGCUACUGUCCCUCAGGCAGUUCCCUUGUCUACAGUGCCUUGGAUGCCAAGUGCUCAGCCUGGGACAGACCUGACUGCCCGGAGCCUGAGGACAGCAUCUUCUUUGUGCCCCAGGACAGUAUCAUCGUUUGCUCCUACAAGCAGAACAGUCCCUAUGACAGAUACUGUUGUUACAUCAAUCAGAGCCAAGGCAGGUGGGACCACGAGACAAUAGUCUAAGCUUUGCAUACAAGAGUCGCUGUGUUGAUAGAAAUGUGACUACACUCAGCUUCCUGGGGAAGGAAACUGCCCUGCUCAACAGCCUUCAAACUGUUAGAAAUUGACUUGGUAUGUGAUGGAUGUGCCAGCUUCGGGUGCCUGAAGGCAUGUAAAUAGGCAUGUUGGGGACACAUUUUAGAGAAGGGUGAUGAGGGUUAAGGACACUGAAGAGGCAGUGAGUAGGAGAGAAAGCAGUUCCAAUUGCUUUUUAUCAAUUAAACCAUGUUGGAUGUUUUGUAAAAUAACCCAGAAAGUGCUACUCAGCACCUGCUAAAAGCAAGAUAAAUCUAGAGUAGGCUGCAGAUAUCAGGCAUGAAAUGAUACAUGGGCUUGCCAUAGGGAAACUGAGCAGCUUUCAGUCGGAAUAAAUCGAAAGACAAAACAAUUUAGUGCUUCGUUGUAUGAAAUUAUUUUUUCUAGUGAAAGCUUUUCACACUUAUUAUUUGCUGAAAGAAAAAAGUCAAGACAGAAAAGCUACUCCCUCCUUAGGUGGGAUGGUUUUUGGAGAAAGGGGAGUUGAAUUAUGUAAUUGAGUUUUAUGAUAUUAUCCUCUGACAAGAUCAGAGAUUUCAAAUAAAGUAAAAUAAGUGUGUGACCAGCUAGGUAAAAAACUAAAAAUUUUAGAUGGCUAUGUUACUUCUUAAACUCUUCAUUUAAAUUGAUUUACUGGGUCUUUAUCUUAAGUGUUUUUUUUCAAUAUUUGCUAUCAUUCAUGUAUAAUUUCCUCAUCGGGUGCAAAAUGACUUGAUGUAAUAUUUUCAUUAAUUAGAAUUUGUGUUCAUCAAGUCAAAAUGGGUUUUACAUAUGUAUACAAGUGUCUUUAACAUUUAUGGGAGUCCUGGUAAUAACUAUUCCUAUAUGCCUUUUGAAAUCUGAAAGCUAUGAAAUCAACACAUUAGUCUUGAACUUUAUGCAGAAUUUACAUAAAAUGCAAUGGUUAAACUUCUGGAAGUGUCAUUAUUUGUACAUUUAUUCAACAUUCCCAGAGACUAUAAAUGCCAAUGAAACAAGAGUUAAUCUACUAGAUUUAACUAAAGCUCAGUUUUUAUUAAGUUCACCUAAUCAGUGAGCAUUGCAUGACAAAGGUCUGUUUUAUUUCAUACUUAAUUUUUUGCUGCUGAGGGAAAAAGGCACAAAGGGAUCCUAAAAUGUAUUUUCUGUUUCAGUUGCUUAACUAUAAUAGACAAGAGGGCAAUCAGCCAGGAUACCAUUUAGUCCCUAUUGAAGAGAAAUAUUGAAUUAUAUAGAGAAAUCAUGGUAUAUUUCAUCUUGAAGAUCAGAAUGUUUUGUCUCCUUCAAAGAAUGAUGAUUUAUUGUUAAUGAUCAGAGAGUUUCAGCCACUUUUUCCCUAAGGGGGAAUUGAGGACACAAAUUCUGGCCAUACCCCUUUUGUAUAUUUCAGAUCCAAGUCUGCAAGUCUUUAAGUGUAGCAUUCACUCUUAAGAAUCAUGCCCUUAAAAAUCAAAAUUUCCAAACCAAGUUCAACAUCAAAAGAGUAUGAUUUUUUUUUUU